UAGGGAUAGUUAUAUUUUAACUGUUGGGACCUGAGCACAUUUUUCUCGUCAUCAGAAGGGUUCUGUUUGCUUUGUGCAGCACAGUUAGCAGAGAAGAAGAAAAGUUUAAAGAUUAUUUGAGCUGACAAUAUCAGCUGGUGCUGGGAGAGGCUGAGGUAGUAAUGACCAGAACAAAGUACACAGUUCAGAUUUUCACUGUGGAAUCUUUCUUUGCACUGGUCCAAUUAACUGCAUUUAGGCUGUGAGAGUAGCAGUGUGUCACGAGCUGGGACCCAGAGCCUAGUAUGGCCUGCAGUAAAUGUGGGCAUGACCUCGGCUGGCAAUUUUUUGUCCUCCUUAUUCCCCUGACAUAUCCUGUGCUGCUUGUGAAAUGCCACCCCCAGUGCCUGGAUUUUAAACCCCCUUUCCGGCCAGAGAGCGGCCUGCCUUUCUGUGCCAUGUACAGUCAGUUUGGCUGUUGUGAUACCACCAAAGACCAGGAAAUUAUGAACCGCUUCUACAGCAUCGUGGAUAGUUUUGACUACUCUCUGUAUGCCACAUGUGCUUCCUACAUUCAGGAUAUGCUGUGUGGGGAAUGCUCUCCAUACGCUGCUCAUUUGUACGAUGCAGAGGAUCCAACUACCCCGGUCAGGCAGCUGCCAGGUCUUUGUGACGAAUAUUGUGUUGAAUUCUGGAAUAAAUGCAAGACAACCGUGCGCGCCUUAGUGAAAGAAGGGGAGCUUCUGGAACUUGUAUCCAACAGAAAAAAAUUCUGUCAUGUCUUACAACUGCAAGACCUGGAUUAUUGCUUCCCUCGUGUCCUAUCCAACAACAAUCUGACGAGGAAUCUUGGGGCAGUCGUAGCUGAUUCUGAUGGCUGCCUCCAGCUGUGCCUGGAAGAAAUAGCAAAUGGUCUGCGCAAUCCUGUUGCAAUGGUGCAUGCCAAUGACGGGACCCAUCGGUUUUUUAUCGCUGAACAGAUUGGCAUAGUGUGGGCGUAUCUGCCCAACCGGGCCAGGGUUGAGAAACCAUUUUUGAACGUUACUCAGGCAGUCUUAACGUCACCCUGGGAAGGGGACGAGCGAGGAUUUCUGGGCCUGGUAUUUCACCCAAAAUUCAAACACACUGGAAAGGUCUACGUAUAUUACUCUGUGGAGGUGAAUCUCGAAGAGAAGAUCAGAAUCAGUGAGUUUAGAAUUUCUUCCCAUGACAUGAAUAUGUUGGACCAUAGUUCUGAAAGGAUCAUUUUGGAAGUGGAUGAACCAGCGUCGAACCAUAACGGAGGACAGCUCCUUUUUGGUGAUGAUGGCUAUCUCUACAUUUUCACUGGAGAUGGCGGAAUGGCAGGGGAUCCGUUUGGGAAAUAUGGAAAUGCUCUAAACAAGUCAGCUCUACUGGGUAAAGUGCUUCGGAUAGAUGUCAACAAUAAUAAUCGUGGUCCCCUUUAUAAGAUUCCACCAGACAAUCCCUUCAUUCGGGACCCAGAUGCACGGCCAGAGGUUUAUGCCUAUGGUGUGCGGAACAUGUGGCGAUGUUCUGUAGAUCGAGGUGACCCUCAAACAAGAGAAGGAAAAGGAAGAAUCUUCUGUGGGGAUGUUGGACAGAACAAAUUCGAGGAAAUUGACAUCAUUGAGAAAGGGAGGAACUAUGGUUGGAAAGCAAGAGAAGGGUUUGCAUGCUAUGACAAGAAGCUCUGUGCAAAUUCCUCCCUGAAUGAUGUCCUGCCUAUAUUUGCCUAUCCACAUAGUGUUGGAAAGUCUGUCACUGGGGGUUAUGUCUACAGAGGCUGUGAAUCUCCCAACCUUAAUGGACUCUACAUAUUUGGUGACUUUAUGAGUGGGCGUCUAAUGGCACUGGCUGAAGAUUCGAGAAAAGGGAAGUGGUAUGAUUAUAAGAUCUGCAUGGGAAGGGGCCAGACAUGCCUUUUCCCAGGACUAUUGAACAAAUAUUAUCGGUACAUUAUCUCCUUUGCUGAGGAUGAGGCAGGUGAAUUAUAUUUCCUGUCUACACGGAUUCCUACGUCCACAUCUGCGACUGGAGUGGUUUACAAAAUAGUUGAUCCUUCGCGGAGGGCACCACCAGGAGCAUGUCAAUACAACCCUUUACCGGUUAGAGUGAAAAGCCGUCUCAUCAAUUUUGUACCUAAACCAAAAUUCACUCCACGUCCCAGGAAGAGGCCUACAAAGAACAAACCCAAAGGAAGGCAAAGAGCCAAUCUACCACAAAAGGGAAACAGUCCAGACUGGUUCCUGGAGCUCCUGCAGACCUUAGGAAAACUGCAAACAGAAUGGGAUGCAGCUCCAGAUCAGCAAGUUGCUACUUCAGUAUCACGGCCUGCAGAAGGACACACACAUACAGGCAGGAGGCAGAGCAAUGUGGACCCAGCAAACAGGAGAACGCAAAGUACUCCUGCAAAUGGAGCCGUGCGUCUCGUGAAUGAGCAUGCCAGGGCAGACCGUGGCAGGGUGGAGAUUUAUAUCAAUGGAGUAUGGGGGACCGUAUGUGACGAUCUGUGGAACAGGCAAUCAGCUGUUGUUGUGUGUCGCCAACUCGGAUUCCCAUUUGCCAUCGAGGCCUAUCGGAGGGCUGAAUUCGGACAAGGAAGUGGGCCGAUUCUACUGGAUGAUGUGGAAUGUGACGGGAGUGAAAAGAACCUUUUGCAGUGUCGCCAUUCAGAAAUUGGGGAGACUAACUGUUCGCACCAUGAGGAUGCAGGUGUUCUGUGUGGGCACACAGAACCUUAAAGAACAUUGGACAUUUGCAGUGCACAGCGAACGUUGCAGCUUAAUUCACCUGUGAAAACAAAAUCAAGAAUUAUCUUUCCAAAACCAAUUGCCAUUUCUCCAGAGUGUGUGGGAGGCACCUCUUAGAAAUGAAGAGUGCUCACUGUAGCAGAUUUAGCGUGAGCAACUACUGGCACAGACUGCUUAUAAAUAAUUAUGUCAACAUUAUUCUUUUUGAAGACUGUAUCAUUAUCAAAAUAAUAUAUUUUAAACACAUG